AGGGUAUUUUGGAGCAAUUGCUGAAAAGAGCAACUUCGAUCCAUUGAUUUUGUGGACACGGCUGGUUUCCUUGUACCACUUUGCAAGCAGACGGCACAUCCCAACCCGACUCCUGCAGGAGGUAGAAGAAAUAGGAGGCUGGUUUGAAAACGCGUGGCCGAGUUUCAACCCUUGGAUCAAGCUAGGUGUUGUCGAUAAGUUCAUCCGAAGGGUCUUCAUGUGCAUGCAAAUGAUUGCAAUGGAAGUGCACAACCAGCAGGCACAGAAGCGGGCACAGCGCACGGCACUAGCAAUCACCGAUGCCUCGACUACGUCUUCUCACAGCUCUCCUGUAAAGAGGCGGCACGCAAAAGGAGGCGGCGGUGGUGGUGUGAAAGGCGGAGGGGCGUAUGGCCUUGGUCACAGCGAGGCAUGGACGAUGUUCUUGACCGCUCGUGAUGGUUUCAUAGGUUACCAUGUCCCCAUUUCUGCUUCGCUUGCCCUGGGCAGGCAAGCGAAGCUUCUGUAAGCGUUCACCGCUUACAGAACUAAUCGCCCACCAAGGGUGUGAUUGGGUGUGGGUGUCUGUGCUAAGCUUUGCGAACAUUAGCAUGCACACAUGCACACACACACACACACACACACACACACACACACACACACACACACACACACACUGUACAGUUAUCAUGCAUACAUGUGUCGCAAGAGCAGCACGCUAAUCUGCUCUGAAUGUGCGCCAAUAGAUUUCUUCUUAUAGCUACGAUACUGGACAAAAUCUGUAUGGAGCAGAUCAAGACUAGCGCCAGAUAACUGCCUAAUCCCUGCAACUGGCAAAGCCAUGUGAGUUGACCGCUUCGAGUGCAUCUGUAAGCAUCGCUCUGUCAUGUACGUGCAUGCAUUGCUCUUCUAAGUAUGCAUUGUUCGCGUAUGUGUGUACCUCUCCUGUAUCUAUGCUGUACCCUGCUGAUACGUACUCAGCUGGUCCAUGGGUGCUCUGCUCCGCUUCGCUGUGUAUGUAGCGCUAUUCCAUGUAUGUAUCGCUAUUCCAUGUAUGUAUCAUUAUUCCAUGUAUGUAUCGUUAUUCCAAUUGCUAUUCUAUGCAUACAUCGCUGCUCAUGUAUAUCGGCUAGCAAGCCUUGAUUGCCCUGGUGGUUCUGUGCAUGUAUCGCUAUUAAUUUCAUGUAUGCAUUGCUAUUCAUGCAUGCGUCGUUAUUCCAUUUAUGCUUCGCCAUUCACGUGUGCCCGUGUAUUCCAUAAUAGACGAGAGAGCGACUCGUACGUAUUGCAAUUUUUUUAAAGCAUGCGUCGCCAUUACUGUUUGCAUCGCUAUUCAAUGUAUGCGCCGCUGGUAUGCACCGCGGCCUCACAUAUGCAUGAGCAUCUCGUGUUAUGCAUGACUGUCACGUGACGAACAUGAUACAUGUACAAAUGUACAUGUAGGUUUUUUACCGUGCAUACGCGUACGAGAAGUUGAAGUAGUAUAAUCAUGGUGUUAUAAAAUCUCUAUUUUGUUAGGAUCACAUCACGCAUACUUGACUACUUCCCUGGUUCCAGUUUUUCAGCUGUUCCAAAUGCCAUGAUUCAUGAAAUCCAUUUCUUUUCUAUUUCGGCUCUCAUACCCGCUGAGCCACGCCGGAUACCGAGUACCGUGUUGGCCGGUGGUGGUGGUGUGGCUGGCUUGUGUUUGGCGGCGCGUACGCCAGCAGCACCACCGCUGCUGCCGCCGCCACCGUCUCCGUGCUACGUUCCCGCCGUACGCGCAUCUGCAUGCCCUGCUUCUUCUCCUGCUGCUGCUCCUGCUGCUGCUGCUGCUGCUGGUGGUGGUGCCGGGCGGCGCUUGUGCGGGCGGGUGGGCCAGGUAUGCUGUUACCCGGCUUAUGCCCCCCCCCCCCCCCCCCCCCGCUUCCCCCUCCCUCUCUCAUUUGAUGAGCUUGACUUUGUGUGCAUGAUUUUUUGGCGCUACAUGUCUGCCCAGCUUCCUGUGCCAGCCUAGACAUGCUAGCAUGUGCCUGCUGAGUUCCUUCUUAUUGCCUUGUGUUGCUUUUUGCCUAUUUUACUGCGCAAGCAUGGUGUUUUCUUCUUUCCUACAUAGCAUAUUUUUGUCACAUAGAACCGGUUACCCUUGCUCGUAAAAAUUAAUUACGUUUGCCACGAGAACUAUAA